AGACCGCACAGGGGAAGAAACCACAGCACAUCGUCCUGACUGUCCUCUUCCCAGGGACCAAGAGCUAGAGACCCGGCUGUGACUGCCCGCCUCUGGGGCUUCCUUUAGAGGAGACAGUCUUUACCCAUCUAGACUCCUGCCACCCUGACUGCUGACUUACAGCAGCUAUGAGGUCCCGGCUUCUGCUGCCCGUGCCCCAUUUGCCAACGAUUCGGGAAAUGUCAGAAGAGCUGUCACAUGGGGCAGCUGGGCAGGAACCCCCAGCGUCCCCCAGCCUGGAUGACUACGUCAGGUGUAUCUGUCAGCUGGCACAGCCCACCUCAGUGCUGGACAAGGUCACAGCCCAGAGCCGUCCCAACAGACCCUCCCGGCCAGCCUGGACUCGAGAGAAGAGGCGCCAGGCCGAGUCUCCAGGAGACAGCUCUCUUUGCGUCAGCAGCCUGCAGCCCACACUGCCCUCUCCCGGCACUGACAACCCUCUGGACUGGCUCUUUGGGAAGUCACAGGGAGAGCAGGCAGAUGGGAGAGGUCGACCCAACAGGACUGGUUCUUCAGAUCCCUGGGAUGUGCCCAGACAGAUGGGCAAGGACACGGGGAGACUCUGUGAGGCCAGGGUACCUGAGCACUCUCUGGGAAGAAAACCAGGGCCCAGGCACCAGACCUCCGACCUGAAAAGCUGGACUUCUAGAAAGUCCUGCCGGGCCUUAGCGUCCGUCUCCAGCUCUCGCCCCAGCAGUAUCCUAGGUACUCUCUAUUUGCACCUCCCAGUGAUCCAUGAACUCUAACUCCUACCCCAGGAAAAACCCAUAAAGGAUAUGGUGGGCCCCUGUGCUCUCUCUAGCUUUCCUCUCCUGUGGUGGACACUUCCUGGCAGGUCUGCAGGGACUGGGCAAUUCCUAGUGAGACCCAUCCUCUAAAGAGCGAUGACAGUCUAGCUCCCACAAUGCGACUUUGACUGGUACCUUUUGUGUCUGGCUGGCCCGUGACUUUGAAGCGACUCAGUGUCCUCUAUGUCUUGGUUUUAUCAUGACUAAAGUGAGUGUAGGUGGAGUGACCACCUCCCAGAUUGCUCUAAUGAGGAGAUGCGGGCUGUACUCUGGGUGGCUGCCACAGUCUCAUGAGAAACCAAGGGCAAAGGACCAAGGAAAAGGGUCUCAGGCCCCUAAAGCAGUGGCUUUCAACCAUCCUAAUGUUGUGACCUUUUAAUACAGUUCCUCAUGUUGUGUGACCCCCCAACCAUAAAAUGAUUUUUGUUUCUACUUCAUAACUGCAAUUUUGUUACUGUUACGAAUCAUGGUGUAAAUCUUUGAGCUUUCC